GGCAGCAUGGCAGGCGAGGAGUUGUGUCUGUGCACGCAGGCUUUCACCCUGUUUGGGAUAUUGACAGCAGCUUAUAUAGUAAUAAUACAGGCAUGGAAGGCAAUAUGCGGGCUGAGGAACCACAUUGUAUCUCGGUGGUGCAGGACAGACCUCACGCAGUAUGGACAGUGGGCAGUGGUGACUGGCGCUACUGAUGGGAUCGGGAAAGCCUAUGCUCUGGAGCUUGCAAAGCGAGGCCUGGAUGUUGUCCUGAUAAGCAGAACCCUAGAGAAACUAAAAAGAGUGGCUGCGGAGAUAGAGAAAGAAUCUGGACGCAAGAUUAAGUAUAUACAGGCAGACUUUACAAAUGGAUCAGACAUCUACCAUAGGAUUCAAGAGGAACUAAAAGGCUUGGAAAUCGGAAUUCUGGUAAACAAUGUAGGAAUGAAACAAUCAGAAGUGAGCUGUAAAUUUCUGGAUACACCUAACCUUGAAAAGAUGCUGGACUGUAUAAUAAACUGCAACAUACUGUCAGCUGUACAGAUGACACGGAUCAUUCUUCCUCAGAUGUUACAAAGGAAGAAAGGGUUGGUUAUUAAUAUUUCCUCAGAAGCUGGGAAUCGUCCAUAUCCAAUGGCAGUCAUGUAUAGUGCCUCCAAGGUCUUUGUGGAUUUCUUUUCUCGUGCUCUGUGUACAGAAUACAAGUCUCAAGGAAUAACAGUGCAGUGUGUGAUGCCAUUAUUUGUCUCAACCGACAUGACCUUUAAAAUGAAACCAAACACCCUUGUGAAAUCUGCUGGUGCAUUUGCCUGUGAAGCUUUGAACACUGUUGGAUAUACAGAUCGUACUAGUGGAUGUCUCACGCACUCUCUACAGAGUUAUGCUAUAAGCUGCCUGCCAGACAACCUUCUCAACUUUUUAUUGACAUUAGAAUCGUCAAAGGAUUAUUUUGAAAAUUUGAACAGAAGCUACAAAAAUAAAGUUAACUGAGUGGUAUUUCUGCUGGCAUACAGAAGCAGAACCAAUACAUUGUAUGACUGUCUUUUACAGAAAAGUUUAAUCAACAUUUUAUUGUGAACAAUUAUGUGUUAUUAUUCUGUAGAAAGAAAAUGUGGUCAUACA